AUGAGCGUCUCGGACGAAUACAUCACACGAGUGCAGCAGCUGGAUGAGCUCGUCGCCAAUGUGCAGGACACGUUCGCGCACACAACAUGCACGGAGCGUAUGCCACAGGUAUUGCGCGACUGCGUUUCCAGCAAUGGUGAUCACCUCUCGGCCGAAGCGGUGACGUGUCUGCUGCAGCUGGCCGACGACAUGGUUAACAACGCAGAGGUUCCGCUACCCUCCACAUUCCCCGAACAAGCUGCCAAAUCCCCUACCAGCAAACACUGGGAGAGCUUACUGGCUGGCAAGGGCUACAGGUGGCAAAACUCGCCAUGGUUCCUGGUGGAGCGGUAG